UUUGUUUGAUGAUGAUGAUCAAUCAUGCAUGAAACCUUAGCAUGUAAAAGAGCUUGUUCACUAACAUACAAAGCUGUAGAGAAACCAUGACAACAUUUGAUCCAUACAGCUGAAUGUGAGCAAGAAAAAAUGAAAGUGUCAGCAACAUUACUUUUGACUGCAUGCAUUUUUGCAAGUGCAGCUUCUGAUUAUAUCCCAGUGAUUGUAGAGAGGUCUGGAACAGAAGAUGUCGAGAAAUUUUCAACUGUUGUGCAUUUUUACCUUGAUCUGAUGAACAAUGGUGGUAACAAUGUGAAUGUAACAGUUUCACCAAAACAAUGCUGCCUCAUUAUUGAAGCAGGAGAUAUUGAUUGUAAGAUAAUAGAGUUGCGGCCUCCAGUCAUUCUCCGCCUCGGGCCAAGGAUUGAUCAGUUUGUGGGUAAUAACAGUGGGAGAGCAUUGUUUAUGUUCAGGAAUUUGUACUCAAGGUACAGAAAAGGAAACUGCAGCUUCGAAAUUACAGCAGGAAAAGAUAUCGGCUUUGUGUAUACUUUGGAAUACAACACAGCACCAACAAUAAACGAUAUUGAUACUCCAAGUUGCACGGGAAUUGAUCAGGACGCAGAUAGAGCUUGCUCUCCAGCAGACUGUGCCAUCAAGUACAAAGGUCGCAGGAACUUCUAUCGCAAUGCAACUGGCAAAUGUGAGGCAGUAGUUCAGUGUGACACCCGGGGACAAGACGACAUCGAAAUCAUAGCGUACUAUGACUGGGAGAGCAACAUCUGUCAUAGAUUGGACUUUGAAGACAAUACCUUCUCUGAAGUUGAAUCAGACACAGAGAUACCAGUAGAGAUUGACCCGUCGCAGUCCAUGUACUUUCCCAACUUACAGUCGCAACGUCUCAAGAACAUUAUUGAUGGUGAGGAGAAGGAGAUACAAUGCAACCAUGGCGUGCAGAAUGGCAUCUACUGUGAAUGUGAUGAGGGAUAUAUGUCUAGUGGCAUCCAUGAGGACGACCCACUUAUAUUUCACUGGUGUGAUACGGAAAUGGUGGAUCGAAGUGGGAUUGUUGGCGAACCAGUAAAGCUGUCAAAGCCAGUGGAAAUUAUCGUUAUCAUAACACUGUCACUAUUGAAUAUUUGCCUCCUUCUAUUUUGGUUCUACCUUGCCUACCAACUGUUCCUGAAGGAGAAGUGUCAACGUGCUUGUUCUGAUCAUAAGGAACCAUCAUACACUCUACUGGAACAAAACUAAAGGGAAGCCAACACAAACACAGUCAUACUUACACUAUGGAAUGACUUAAUAAUGAUGUAUAUAUUUCAAUAAUGAGCAGCAGUUAAUUUAUACAUGAGCACAUGAUAUUGUAUAUGUAUGAUAACUAAUAAUUCAGUUAAUUCACAG